AUGUCCGUCGUUACCUCUCUUGUCCGUCCAGACUCGAUCGAUGACGAGCUGGCUGCUUUGACGCUGCAGUUUGAAGAACUCGGUGUCUACUCUGAGACUGGAAAGGGAAAACACCCCACAGGCCAACUUCAAAACAUACAAGUCGUGUACAAUCAGUUUCUGGCCGAAUUACGCGACUACAAAACAUUCCUGGAUGAUCAAAGACUCGCACAGAGUAUCGGAGAAGCCGUACAUUCGGAUGGUUUUGCCAUUGCAGAAGUCUCUUCGCAAAAUGCAGAAACUGACGAUGACUACCACUCAGCCUUCAACACCAACUUCGACACCAAUGAUCCUGAGAACGAGCAGCCUCCGUCUAUUUGCGAUACUCUGGACACUGAGAUUCUGGCCUGGCGGGACAAGGGGCUUGGUGGUAUUGCCGCCACCUCUGCUACCGAGUUUUCAGAUGAAGAAACAGAAGCGGGUCCGUCCAUGUCGUAUGCAGAGCGCCAGGCCAAAACGCUGAAGAAAUUCUCCAUGCAGUUGGACUGCUGCGCUUGCGCCGAUCAAUACCCCCGAGCCUCCCUGGUCAUGACACAGUGUGAACACCGGUACUGCAUCGAUUGCAUCAAGAGUCUCUUUAUGCGAUCCACGCAUGAUGAGAGCCUGUAUCCUCCCCGGUGCUGCAAACAGCCGAUUCCGCUUGCCUUGGUUGCCAAGUAUAUGGCUUUGGAUGAAAUCGAGGCAUUCGAACUCUCCGCCAUGGAGUAUACCACACGCAACAGGACAUACUGCAGCAAUCUCAAUUGUUCGAGGUUUCUUGUCCCUGAAAGUGUAGAACUUAGCACGAAGCGCGUCGUCUGUCCUGAUUGCACGGCAGAAACCUGUGCCAUCUGCAACAACACGUACCAUGCUGGCAGCGACUGUCAAGAAGAUACCGCGCUUCAGCAGACCAAAGAGCUGGCCCGUAAUAUGGGUUGGCAGACAUGCUACGCAUGUGAGCGCGUAGUGAUCUUGCGUAGUGGCUGCAAUCACAUGACGUGA